AUGUGGGUGCGUGUGUAUGUGGGUGCGUGUGUUUGUAGGGCAGGAGCGGCAUCAGGUCUAGAGCUGAAGUUUAGGCAGCUGUGGGCCGCUUGACUGUAGAGUUGGGAAACAGAUUGGGUCAUCUGGAUGAGAGCGAGAACAUUUAACUGCUGAAACAUUUCCCCAUCCUUCUUAUGUAUUUUUAAAACUUAAUUAAAAAAAUAUUGCAAAAACUUAUUUCCCAAUGUGCAGUUGGCCAAACCUUUUGAGUGUGGCUACAGUUGUACGUAGACACAGCUAGUGUAGUUUAGUAGUUAUGAACAUGAGCUUUGGAGCAGAACAAGCAUAGGUUAAUAUCCCGCCUCUACCCACCUUCCUACCUCCGAGGCCUUUCCUUAGACAACUUAGUUUAUAUAUAAGAUGUAGGAUUAGCCUGGAACGGCUAAUUAGCCUGGAAUGCCAGCCUGGGCGGCCACAGCAGGAAGAGACCACAAUGCCAAGGCCUGCCUGGGCUUCCGUAGUAAGUUCAGGAACAGACUGGUCAUCUUUGUGUUCCCUGGUCUCAGAAAGGGAACGGAGGGCUGGUGCUGCGGCUCAGGGCAGCUUGGCUAGCAGGAGCCAGCGUCAUCAGCCUGCCAUGCCCUGCUCAGCAGGUGUGAGAUUCAGAUUAUAUUAGUUUCAUGAGGGAUUGCGGUGUCAUGGUGAAGUAGGCAACUGCUGCCUCACGUUUCUGUUUAUUAUUGUAUUUCUAUUCCAGCUCUUUAAAAGGACUAUUCUAAGAUGAUUUUACAGUCUGGCGGGGGUAUGGGUAGAUGGAUGUAAUAUGAAUAUAACUUGCUUUACAAUAAUAUUAUUCAAUCAAAUUUUUCUGAACAGUAGCAUCUUUUUCUGUAAAUUAAUUUUAUUUUUCUCAUAAUAAUGUUUGCAUUUUCUGAAAGAAGACAUUCCUCCAUGUGUGUGCAUGCUCGUGUGAAUGUGAGUAUGCAUGUGCACUUUUAGUGGGUGCAAGAGAUAAAUGUCAUUGUCUGCCUGUAUCGCUCUCUGCCUUAUUUUUGGAGACAGGAUCUGUCACCGAAUGUGGAGCUGACUUUUCUGGCUUAUCUGAUUGCCAGCAACACCCCUGGGACUUACCUAUCUCUGUCCCCGGUGCCAUAGUUACAGCUGUUCCUUACCCAGCUGUGUAGCCCGUGCUGAGACUCUAAGCUCAGGUCAUCGUGAUUUCUCAGCAAGGACUUUACCCAGUUUGCUGUCUCUGUAGCCCCAGAAACAAGAUACUUUUACUCACUCUAAAGUCAAUUAUUAAGACAGUCACAGUAAAUUUGCUUUUUCACCUAAAGGACUUGCAAAAAUCAUUACUCUUGGUGUAGCUGAGAUUGUCAUCUUUCUGUGGUUGUGACCAUGACAUGCGUGGGAGAUCAGAAACGCAGUUGCCUCUGCUCUUCUUUCCUGGACAUCCAGUCGUCUAGUCUGUCUGUCUCACCUCUACCACACACGCCUGUCCUGUCCUCUGCACAGUCACGUGGGGGCCUCGGCCUCUUGUCAUGUCUACACCUUGCUCCAUACACAAGGCUGUCUCGGCCUUAGCUCCCAGGGUCUGAGUCUGCUUUUCCAGCCUGUGCUGCUGCCAUCUCUACUGUAAUGCGGUAGAGCUGAGCAGCCUUGCCCAGACUGAUUGGUUUGGUUUUGGUCUCCUUUGUGGUGGAAGUAAGGUAUGAACCACAAUAGCAGGCUACAUAAUUGAAAACUUUAUUUAUUACUAAGAUUUUAUUUUUAAAAUCAAUGCUGAGUUUGAGUUUAUUUCUGUUUUUGCUUUUCGAUUCUCUGGCUGAUACUGUGCACACUCCCACAUGCUUCCAGAACCUUCCAUUCUUGUGGUUUUUGCAUGCAGUGUAAAAAGCUAUUGAUUUCCAGAGGAGACCUUGGGUGCCUUUCUUGUACUUCAAGGUAACAUUUGUUGGUCUUUGAAGCACCAUGCAGUGAUUUAUUUAUUUCUAGACUGUGACUAAAUUGAUAACACACAAAAACACAAAACCAUUUAAACAUUUUUGUUUAUUCUAAAAAUUAUACAAUAGGGUCAUUUUAGGUAGGGCUAUGUGGUAUGUAUAUGUAUGUGUUUGUGUGGGUGUGUGCAUGUGGAAACCACAGGUCAAUGUUGAAUGCUCUGCAGUCUGUCUCUGCCUUGCUCUUUGUGUGUGUUAACUAUAUGUGUUUAUACAGAGGAUGGGGUAACCAUGUGUGUAACCAUGGUGAUGUACGGGUGCUUAUGCAUGCCUGCAUAUAGCCAGGUCUCUCUGACCCUGGAGUUGAUUACCUUAGUGAGGCUGGCUGACCAGUAAGCUGCACCCUCCCGCCUCCACCCUUCAAGCACUGCAGUUGUACAUACAUGUUGCUGCAUGUGGCAUUUUUCCGUAAUACAUGGGUACUCAUGUUCUCAUGCUUGUGUCACAAGCCCUUUAUGGACUCACACUUUAUUCUCUUUAUUCAUUGGUUUUCUGAUCCUCAGGUUUGUGGGAACCCCCAGCAAGGGUUCAGAGUCCUGUGUCCCAGAACAAGGGACAGAGACAUGGCUAGUGCAUGCUGUUACUAUGACUAGAAAACAAUACAGGACCGAGUGCAAGCACACCAUCAGGGAGGCGUUGAGUGGACAGCAGCAGACGAUGGAGAAAGGCAUGGGGGUUUCGUGCCGUGUGGUGGAGACUGGAGGCUGUUUGCAUAGCCUGGGCUUGCUCCGAAAUGCACUGUCUAUUACAUGUAAUCCUGUGUACAGCUUCAUAUAUCACAUGUCUUGUUAGCGUUUUAAAUCUCUACCUAGGUGUCUGAGUUAGGGUUUUACUGCUGUGAACUGACACCGUGACCAAGGCAAGUCUUAUAAGGACAACAUUUAAUUGGAGCUGGCUUACAGGUUCAGAGGUUCAGCCCAUCGUCAUCAAGGAUGAGGAUCUUAAAGCCCACACUCACAGUGACACACCUACUCCAACAGGGCCACACCUUGUAGUAGUGCCACUCCCUGGGCCUAGCAUGACACUAAAGGUGGAGAUGGACCUUCCCUCAUAAUCAACCUAGGACCCCCCUCCUGUUUCCCUGCUAAUGUGGUAAUUUUAAGAAAUGGGAAAUAUCCUAGCUUUUGAAACACUGUGUGCAAUGAAGGAGGAAUCAUUACAAUUUUGCCUCUCCUUUAGAUUUAAAAUAUCAUAUGAAAUGGAAGAGGUUGAACAAAACGUGAUACACAUGAAGACAAGUUAAGGACGAGAGAGGGAUACGUAUCUCCUAAUGAAAUUUUAUAUGCAUAUCACAGAAACCUAUCCCUUAAUCCAGGGGACUCUUUUUCUCUCUCUCUCUCUCUCUCUCUCUCUCUCUCUCUCUCUCUCUCUCUCUCUCUCUCUCUCUCUCUGUUAAGACUGUCCAUUUCCUAACUCAGGAAGUAUUGCUAUUUUUUCCACCACCUUUUAGAUAUUAGCUAAAAUGCUAAAUCUCUCUAUAUGAUACUCUGGACAUAUUCUCUCUUCUCCCUCCCUCCCUCUCUCCCUCCCUCUCUCCCUCCUUCCCUCAGAUUCCUUCUCCUGACACAGCUGCUCACAGACUUCCAACUCAGGACACAUGCCUGCUCUCCUUGUAUUUCUCUCCCCAUUGCUGGGCAUUCCAGCCUGCCUGCCUUGUUCUCUCAUAUUCAUAUGCUAGCAAAACUGACCCACCCCUCCUUCCUUCCCUCCUUCCUUCCUUCCUUCCUUCCUUCCUUCCUUCCUUCCUUUCUCUCUCUCUUCCUUUCUUCCUUUCUUUCUUUCUUCCUUCCUUUCUCUCUCUCUCUCUCUCUCUCUCCCUCUCUCUCUCUCUCUCUCUUUCUUUCUUUCUUUCUUUCUUUCUUAAGAAUUUAGUGGCUCACACAUUAACUGGUUCAUUUCUCCUGGCUCUUGAAUGGUAUCAAUGUUUUUAAACUUCUUUCUUUAUAAGCUGCACUAAUUGGACAAUGUGGUGAGGCUUCCUAUAACUUCCUCUUGGAGUGGAGGUUGGAAGAGAGAAAAUUCCUCCUAGCCUUACCUAUGCAACUCUUGGACCCCUGACUCCGAGUCUAGACCAGGAAAGUAAGUUCAGGUUGUGCGCAGCAGUGAUGAGCUUGCAAGUCCUGGAAUGCAACCAGAGCUGUGACUAGUUAGUUGUAGUUACGUCGAGUUUCCUGGCUGCUUAGUGAGGAUCCAGUUCUCAGUGUUAGCCACUCUACACUGCUCACAGGGAGAAGCAACUUAAAAUCCAAGCAGAGAGAGUGCUUUGUAAAACAAACUUCAGUUUGGAUCCCUAGCGCCGAUGUAGAAGCCAGAUGGGUUGACAUGGGCCUGUAAUGUCACCUCUGGAGUGGGGGAGAAAAGCAGACCCUGAACCUCAUUGGUUGGCCUUCCUAGCUGAAUUUUGGAAUUUCAGAUUCAGUGAGAGACCCUGACUCAAAAAAUAAAGUGCCCUCAACAGGAUACGCAGACGGCUUUCUGUAAGGCUCAAGGAGCACUACAGCAGAGAGAGGAAAUUAAAUGCUGCUCUCAGGGCAGGACAGACCUUCCCCAGUAUCUCACAGCAUCUGUGCUUGUUUGCAAUGGGCCUGUAGGAGACUGGGCCACUCAGUCACCAAUCAUGGGUGGGGACAGGUGGCAAGUGCUUGAGGGUCCCUCUUUUAUUCUGCUGAACUGUGGGCAACUGAUUGAUUCUGCGUAAGGGACAGUUACUGUGUUCCAAUGUAUGCCAAAUGGUGAGUUCACAGGCUUCAAACAUGCCCACACAGAUAGUCCUGAUUAAAAUCAGUGGAUCAUAAAACUAAAAAAGGGGGUGGGGCGUGCAUGUGGAAGGGGACCUGUGGGAUGAGGGGAGACAAAAGCAGUCAGAUGCACUAGAUAUGUGCAUGACAUUGUCAAAGAACAGAUGGAGUGGAUAAUAAUCAAAAAUAGAGAGUGACUUCCAAAGAUACCUGCCCCAACCUUCAGCCUCCACAUCUAAGCUUCUCUCUAUAUAUUCAUGCACCACUCAUGCAAACACACACUUAGGAACACACACGCCCAUGCACGCGCGCGCACACACACACACACACACACACACACACACACACUUCCCCCCCACUUCUCUGCUUAAUGAAGGCAAUGCAGCAGAAUAUUUAUGUUGGCCUCUUUAAUCCUGUGAUAAGAAAGUAGUUUUGCAUUUGGCAAGAGGGGAGGAGGGCGCUCUCCUCCAGGGCACUCCUUCUCUUUGGUUCCUCUCCCUGCUUGAUGCCAGCAUUUGCAAGGCGGGGUAGGAAGCCCAAAGCCAAAGGCCAGUCUGGACUUAGGGAAACCGUGUCAGAAGACACAACCAAGGAAGCCUGCUUGCUGCCUUCACACAGAAUGGAUCCCUGCGCUAGACCUGAGAGAGGGAAGCUUUGGCUUGAGACUGUGAAACUAGUAUUUCAGGAUUUAGCAGAUGAUUUCUACAUGCAUCUGAAUAGAUAGAUAAGAAGGUGGCUUUCAGGCUUUCUGAUCUGUGCUGGACAUGGUGACACACUUUUAAUACAGCACUCGGGAGACAGAGGGAGGUAGAUCUCUGUGAGCUUGAGACCAGCCUGGUUGGCUACAUAGCCAGUGAGAGCUACAAGUAAACCUGUCUCAAAAACCAGACAGUUUGCUGCCUACCAGGAUGGCUUGCUGCCAAGCCUGACACUUGAGUUCAGUCCCUGGGACCCACAUACUAUACAGAGAGAAUUGAACGCCCACAAGUUGUCUUCUGACCCCAAGUGCACAAAUGCAUAAUCCAUAAAUGAAAUAAGAAAAGUAAACAGAUAAAGCGUGUAUUGAGCUGUUUCCUGUGCACCGUUUGUGUUAUGUGAUUCAGAUGAGUAAGUCCAGGGCAGGCCUUCAACAGCAUGAAAUCUGAGUAACCAGCUAGGCCUUCCUCAUAGCAAACAAUUGGAGCGCAAUGCAGUGCGUUCGUACUACUGACUCAGAGCCAGAGCUUCCUGCCCAGCAGAGCCUUAGCUUCCCGCCCUGCCUCUUCUUUCUGUACCUUGUAACUGGAGCCUGCCUGUUUAACAGCCUAAGAUAAAGAGCUUGAAAGUAAACAGAUCUGGUUUAGGACGUUUGGGGCGUGAGUCAACUCUUGGCUUAUCUGCCUCUAUUCCUGAGGAUUUGUGGAGUUCAUUUACAGAUCAAAUACCACAGCUGUCAAGUGAUAGAUAUGAAGUAGUAGUAUCCUACACAAUUAGUUUUUCUUAAUAAAUAAAUAACCUUAUAAGCUUUUAAAAUAGCAAAAAUAGAUGGUAGAUUCAAAAAUACUAUUUUAUUCUCUCUAUAUGUAUAUAUGCUAAGCAUGACAGUUUUCAUAUACAUGAAAUAUACAAUAAAAGUAUAUCUUACAAUAAAUAGAAAUUUUUAUUAUCUUUAUUAUUUUGUUAUCUUUCAUAUAUUUUGAUAGAAGGUACUUUUUAGCUGGUCCCAGAUACUGUGAUUGGUAGAAUAUGGAAUCUAAAACCUGACACCAAGGGAUGAUGGUCACUUUAGCAAGGGCCUUUUGCUACUGUCCUGCACAUAGGCCUGUGUCAAACGCCUGACACACUGGGUCUGUGUCAGUUCCAGCUUUGGCAGUGUGUUGUGUGUUUAGAGCAGGAGUUUUCGUUGUUCAGUGGUUUAGUUUUAGGAAGUGGCAUGGGUCGUGGGCUUUAGUUGUAUCUUUGUCUCUAACUAUUCAGACUGAGAAUCAAUAUUCAGGAUAAGCAUUGGCCUCUGUUUUCAUUUGUGGUGCUAGGAAUCCAGUGCAGUGCCUUGUGUGCUACACAGUGCUCUAGCCUUGAGACAUCCAGCCCGACGUUUCCUUGUCUUUGAUUGGUCAGGGUGCUUGUGUAGGACCCAGCUGCUGGAUUUCAGAGCAGUUUAACAUAAAGGUGAUUUGCAAGAUAGGGGGCUUUGGAGGCGCUGUGGAAUGGAUAGGGCUUACACGAAUAGAGUUCUAGCUCAUUAACCUAUAAUUUCCUUUUUAAAUUAAUUAGGCUUUACAUUUUAUAUGCUUAUUUUCUUAUAAAAAUAUGUAUUGCAAUAUCAGUAUUAGAAGCAACUCUAGAGCCAUGAGUGUGAUUAGUGUUUGUGGGGGUUUUUGUUUUUGUUUUGAUGGAAAAGAUUUUGAGAUUCUUUUACAUUGAUGUAUAGGAACAAAUACCUUGUUUUAGGCCUUACAAACAAACCAGGAAUGUUUUCAUGUCAAUGGCUUGCUAUAAUAUGGGUAUACUUUAGGGAUUAGGCCCCCACAUGAUCCGUUGUUUGAACAGAAUAAACAAGGAUCUUAGACUUGGAAUAUCUAUUCAGAAAAACUGAUUUUCUUUUGUGGUUUUGUUAUUUUUGUUUGUUUGUUUGUUUUAAGAUGGACGCCUCACUGCAUAGCAUAUACUGGCCUUAAAGUCAGUAUCUGAGCUGGCUGAUGGCUCAGUGGGUUAAAAGCACAGGCCAGUCUACCUGAGAUCCCUAGAGCUCACAUGGUGGAGGACGAAAACUGAACCCCACAAGUUGUCCUCUGACUUCCACUCACACUCUGUGGCAUAUGUGCCUGUAUACAUACAUACAUACAUACAUACAUACAUACAUACAUACAUACAUAUAUACACACAUACAUACAAUAAAUGAAAAAGCAUGUCUUCUGUAUGUUGGCAUUACAGGAGCAUACCAGCACACAUAGCCCAAGUGUAAUUUCUUUGUGUAUAGAAAACAUGGCAAAAGGUGUCAGGGGGAGAAAAAUGAAGCUCUUGCUACAGUUGUGGUCAUCUGUAGUCUGGUGUUUAACAGCCGUUGCAGGUUAAGCAGUGCAGCGUAGCCUAGCCCAUGUGUAUACGUGCUGUGGGAACACUGAAGAAAAGCUUGUGAGUGUUCUUUGGACACUUACAGGAGGCUUCAUAGAAGGAAUAACCUGAAAACACACAGUAGGCCUGCCAGGAAGAUCACAGACAGAGCAUCUCGAGCAGAGAGUGCCAUGGAAUCAAGCUACAGAAGACACAUGCAUAGCAUAACAGUACACAUAGCAGUAAACCUAGAAGGGAGGGCAGAGAAGUCACGCAAGAACUUUGUUUCUUUAAGCAAAAAUGAGCCACAGAAAAGUAUUUAGAUGUCAAGUGAGAUGCAUGUGUUGUAGGAGAUUAGGGAAGGGUGGCUGGUGCACAUGAUGUCAGUGUUCUUUCCUGGAGCUCCUUUCUAUAGACCUGCUUGUGUCUCUUGGGGUUUUGUAUUUUGCUUUGAGUCAAUGAGAGUUCCUCUAAGGGGACUCUCUGGCAGACAGAGAACAAGAAAAACUGUGAAAAAGCACCUGCUAUCCAGGGGAGAGACAUUUCUCAGGUUUGGUAAGUAGCCAGAUAGAACAUCCAGAGACCCUGAGUAAGCUUGGCUGUGAGCAGAAGUCCCUCAGCCUCUCCUCUCAGCCAGCAUCCCAGACUUGGUGCUGUGAGACUGGUCUCCUCUUCUGCAGAGUCACUGUCACAGGAGAGUAGCCUCGCUGGGGCUGUUUUUGGGGAGUGAGCUGAACUGCAGGCUUAAGUAAUGCCCUCAGGUCUCUAAAUAGACAGGGUACGAGUUACACAGCAGCUGAGAGAUGUGCAAGGUGAUUCCGCUCCAGUAUGAACCCUCGCAAUUUUCAUUUCAGAGGGUAUACUAACACCACAAGAUGCAGCUGAGCUGGCCUCAUUUCUGCAGCUCAAGACAGGUUCAGUGCUGGCCAAUACAGUACAGUGCUGAGGGCUCCAGGGACAGAGGGACCUGAUGUUUGCCUUUGCUGAGAUUUAUCUGUGGAGGACUUACUCAGCCAUGUAAGGCCUUUGUGGUAUUAGGGAAAGGCCUACAGUCAGCUCCCUCCAGGAAGAAGUUGACCUGAUAUUUGGACUAGUUUUCUGCCCUCAUUUGUCCUUUAACCAGGGCCUUUGUAGCAUAUAGACCAGUUGUACCUACUAGGUUGUUAUCGCUAUAACUCUUUUUUUUUUUAAGAUUUUAUUUGUUUUAUGUAUAUGAUUACAGCGUAUCUGUCUUCAGACACACCAGAAAAGGGCAUCAGAUCUCAUUACAGAAGGUUGUGAGCCACAAUGUGGUUGCUGGGAAUUGAACUCAGGACCUCAGGAAGAAGAGUCAGUGCUCUUAACCGCCUUACCAUCUCCCCAGCCCUGUGACGAUAGCUCUUUAACUGCAAACUCAUUCUUAGUUCUAUCUUAUUUCAGUCGUUUGAUGACAGAAGAGGAGGUAAGGCUGCUGCCUAGGUGUGGAUGCCCUGGCGUUCCUGUGCCUCUUGCUUUGUAUUGGCAGCUGUAUUCCCCAGUUAGGAGGCCCGGUUGUCUGUUUUGCCGUCACGAUGGAUAAAGACACAGACAUGAGCUUGAGGGAGACUAUGGAUGAGCUUGGCCUGCCAGACGCCAUGAACAUGGACUCAGCAGAUCUCUUUGCUUCAGCAACAGAGCUCGCAGAGCAGAGAGAAGCGCAGCAGACCUUCAGCCUGGAGUCUUUUUGUCCCUGCCCUUUCUACGAAGAAGCUAUGCAUUUAGUUGAAGAAGGAAAAAUUUACUCCAGAGUGCUGAGAACGGAGAUGCUGGAGUGCCUGGGAGACAGUGACUUCCUCGCCAAACUUCACUGUAUCCGGCAGGCUUUUCAGCUAAUCCUUGCAGAAGCAGACAACAGGUCAUUCCUUGCUGAAAGUGGAAGGAAAAUUUUGUCAGCUUUAAUUGUGAAAGCACGGAAGAAUCCAAAGAAAUUUCAAGAUGUUUUUGAUGAAAUGAUCAAUUUUUUAGAGCAGACUGAUCACUGGGAUAGCACUGAGCUGGAACUUGCUGCCAGAGGGGUGAAAAAUUUAAAUUUUUAUGACGUGGUUCUGGAUUUUAUAUUAAUGGAUUCCUUUGAAGAUUUAGAAAACCCACCGACAUCCAUACAGAGCGUAGUGAACAAUCGCUGGCUCAACUCUUCCUUCAAAGAAAGCGCUGUGGCUUCAAGUUGUUGGUCAGUGCUGAAACAGAAAAGGCAACAGAUGAAGAUCUCAGAUGGAUUUUUCGCUCAUUUUUAUGCCAUUUGUGAGCAUGUCAGCCCUGUUUUAGCCUGGGGCUUCUUGGGUCCUAGAAAUUCUCUCUAUGACUUAUGUUGCUUCUUUAAGAAUCAAGUUCUUUUCUUUCUCAAAGACAUCUUCGACUUUGAGAAGGUGCGCUAUUCGAGCAUAGACACGCUGGCGGAGGACCUCACGCACCUACUCAUCCGCCGCACGGAGCUGCUGGUCACCUGUCUUGGUGCAGAUGCCCUGAGGCACGCCACCACUUGCACGAGUGGACACUCCCACGCCGUGCCCACUGCGCUCUUAGAAGCCAAAGUACAAUAAGGACCAGAAGUGGCUGGAGAAUGCUGUCCAGUGCUCUAGGGUAACCCCUGACUGUGAGUGCCUCAGAGUCUACAGGGCUGACAGCGUGGCCUCAGGGAGAGGACAGUCUCAAGGAUGGGCGGGGAUUGUCCUGCACGUAUGCAGGAGGUUUGUCGCUGAAGCCAUGCGAUGGAUCCAGAGAGACUUUUUAAUAAUCCUUAGGUAAUAAUUUAAGUUGUGAAGUGAUGCGUAUUAUGUUGUGACUGUCGCUUGAAUUGAAGCCAGUGCUCUAGGAGUUCAUUGUCUUCCCACAAUCUGCAGUGUCAUCUCAAAACACGUCUUGAUGCUUUGCUCCUUGAGAAUACACUAGCCCAAGGUGACUGUAUUUAUGUAAUAAUCUACGGCUUCUAGCGUCAACGUACUUAACCUUGCCUGAAAUGUAUUCUUAACCUUAGGUACUGCUUCUUUAAUAGAAUGUAGACAAUAGACGUGUUUACCUACAGCUUGUCUGUUUGCUAAUGUAUUUGAGUCAAAGAAGGCAUCCUCACCGAGGUCUGGUGUGCGAGAGCACCUGAAUGAAGCGAGCGGUUUACAGCGCACACUUGGGGUGCAUCACCUGCAGUCCACAGGAUAUUACUGUUGUCCUGGAAGUUAUGAGACCCUGAAGUAGUUUAUCUCAUCUUCCCUCAGAUGAAUAUUAAACUUGAAAAUAUAAUUUAUUUACCAAAAAAAGAAUUAAAAAUGUAUCCUCUCUUAGAUGUGACUUAGAGGCUGGAUUACAGUUUCCGACUUUAGCGUAAGAUAAUUUCCUCUCUCCUUUCACAAAACAGACUUUUAAUCACUCACAUAGAGUUUAUCACAUUAAAAGUUUGUCAUGUUAUGCAUAAAUUUUAAAAAUACUCAUACUUUGAGCUUAGGUUUUAAAGGAAUUUUUCUCUUAGAUAUAAAACACAAAUAUUUUAAAUGCUAUGGGAGUGUAUUUUAUGUCCUUAUGAUAAAUGAGCAACCGGGUUAUUAUAAGUAACCUUCCAAGUACACUAUAUAUUUUCAAGGUCUCAUUAAUUUUGCUUUAAGACCAUGUACCAUGUUUUCACCAGUGGAUUGGAUUCACUGACUCUUUAUCCUGAAGUGGGCUGCGUUGAUUUUAAGAGUGAAGUGUACAAAAGGAUGUGAAAUGGGUUUUUAAAUAAUGCAUUUUUAGAUUAAAGUGCCUAGAGUAAGGUUAAUGAUGAGAAAAUAAAAAGUGAAAAGAAGUUUACUUUUUUAAGAUUGUAACUGUGUAGAUACAUCACAGUUAUGUAAAUCGUUAUUAGAUGUAGGAUGUAGACCCGUGCCAUUAGUGUGUCAGGCUCAGGCCGUACCCCUGUCCUCAGUGCAUGUGGCCUGGCCUUCUCCUCUCGCCCUUUGUUUCCUGACCACCAGGCAGCAGUCUGCCUGAGGACAAAGCCCUGAGCCCGACUUUCCUUAUGCUUUCACAGCAGAUGUUUUUACCUAUGAGAUGUCACCGAUGUGAGUGACACACGUGUGCGUGCCUUCCUGUUACCACAUGAGCAAGACAGUUGUGGAUUAUAGUCACUUAUUCAUUGGAGAUCUAAGUAUUUUGUCCUGUGGUUUUGUAAACAGAGAUAUUGGGGGGAUCCUCCUUGAAAUAGUUUGGAAGAAUUGCACUGUAUAGCAGUAAUCCCGCAGUGGUGUGAGAUGAUCCUGUGGGUGACUCUUCCAAAAAGUAUUUGAUUUCUUUCUGUUUUUAGAUUGCAGUUAAAAAAUAAAUAGAUUGCCCAUCUUCAAGAAAGGGUUGGUUUGUCAAACUCAGUGCUUAAGUUUUGAUGGGCUAACUAACUAGAAUAUAAACAAGAUCGUUUGUGGCCUUUGAUAAAAGAGAUAAGAAUGACCAAAUAAAAUUUUGGGAGCAAUAAAUGUAGGAGAAAAAUCUUUGGUGGGGGUUUGGGAAAGCUUAACUUUUUAAAGGAUAAUGUCUUUUUAAAAAGAACAUCUCUGGCUCUGACUGUUGAAAAUACUUAAGAUAUACAUACCAGUUUUAUUUGCCUUAAAAUCAAACAGAGAAGCAAUGCUUUAACAGAUAAAAACAGAAGGUCAAACUAGGCUAGAGCCUGUUAGGGAAAGAAGAAAAGGCUAACCUAGUGGACUCAUGGUGUUAACUGAAGAUAGCUACCACAUGCAAGAUGUGCACGGGCAGAGAGUUGAUCCUGAAAAAAUAGCCAGUUCCUCUUUUCUGGAAGAAAAACUGAUAAAAAUUCAGUCGAUUGAUUUUGCUUUGUCUUGCUAUGUUCUUGUUCAACUAAAAAUGUAGUUAUUUCUUCCCGAAGGUUAACAAUACUACGUUCAUGGAAUAACAAAGCAGAAUUCUCUUCUUUUACAAGAAGCCAAGUUUUUAAUUCUAUAAAAGUCAGCUCCAAAGAGCUGUCUCUGUCUCCUGAAAUAGUUUGCACCAGGAGUCUGUUGAUUGUGAAGCUGACUAUUGUAAGUACUUACAAGUGUUCCUUUGCUUUAAGGUGUAGGCUUUCCUACUUGCUUUGCAGAAGUUAGCCUAGAAAUGAGGAAGGCCAGAGGAAGGGUGAGAAAGUGGUAGUGAACUACUCCGCGGCCUGUCGUGACCAGACUGGAAGCUAUGUUAUAACACUGGUUUUUAUUUUUUAUAUGAACAUUAUUAAUAAUUAACAUAAUUAAUUGGACUGUAAUUUUAAAGUAUGAGAAUUAGCCUGAAUUAAAAUCUGUGAAUUUUUAAAUUAAGGAAUAUGUAUGUGAAAGUAAGUGUUUAUGUGCCCUGUAAUAAAUGCGAAUAUGAACUGCUUUGUUCUUAA